UUUCGGCAGCGCGUGAGUUUUGUUUCCAGCUUUUUCGUACAGCUAACCAUUGUUGAGGUAAGUUAGCAAGUAUACUAAAUUAAAUAUCUACCUAUGACCAAACAUCACCUUCCCCAAGAGUUUAGCCAGAAGCUGCCACCAAACCAACCAACACGGUAGCGUUAUGCAGACCAGGUGGCCAUGGCUUGGAAGUCAAGGACCCGCAGUCUGCAGGUAUUUGACACGGACCUGAGCGCGGACACGGUGGAGUGGUGUCCGCUGUCCCCCAGCCAUGACAUCCUGGCAUGUGGGACAUACCAGCUGCUGAAAGCGGAAGGCGGAGAGGACGCCGCGCCCAGCCGGACCGGCCGCCUCUACCUUUUUCAGUUUCGCCGUGAGGGUCCGAUGAGCCCUCCGCUCACUGAGCUGCAGCGCCUGGACACAGCAGCCAUUUUAGAUCUGAAAUGGUGCCACAUCCCUGUGUCGGACAGGCCGCUGCUGGGAAUGGUUGCUGCUACAGGAGAGCUGCACCUCUACACUCUGCUGGAUAAUCAGGAAGGUGGGCGCAGUCUGCAGACUAUGUGCAGCGUGGAGGUUGGAGCAGAGCGGCUGGCUUUGUCUUUGGACUGGUCCACUGGUAGAAUGGACAGCAGUGACAUCCGGGUGGCGUGCAGUGAUUCUGCGGGCUGCGUCGGUGUCUUCUCCCUGGCUGAAGGAGCUCUGAUGGCUCUGUCCCAAUGGAAAGCUCAUGACUUUGAGGCCUGGAUCACAGCCUUCUCUUACUGGAACACACAGCUGCUUUAUUCUGGGGGGGACGACUGCAAACUGAAAGGCUGGGAUCUCAGAGCUGCUCCUUCAAGCCCGGCUUUCACCAGUAACAGGCACUCGAUGGGUGUGUGCAGUAUUCACAGCAGCCCUCAUCUGGAGCACAUCCUGGCCACAGGCAGCUAUGAUGAGCAGGUCUUGCUGUGGGACGGCAGGAACAUGCGGCAGCCCCUCGGGCAGAGCGCUGUGGGAGGCGGGGUGUGGAGGCUGAAGUGGCAUCCCAGCCAUCACUACCUGCUGCUGGCUGCCUGCAUGCAUAAUGACUUCCACAUCCUCCACUGCCAGCAGGCCUUAGAGGGCAGCGAAGGAGCCUGUCCCAUCGUUGCUUCCUACAUCCUCCACAACUCCCUGGCCUAUGGAGCCGACUGGUCCAGGCUGUCCCUGGAGGACCCCGCGCCGCACUCCCCUCCUGCCACAGAACCAAAGGAAAGCCUCGCUCAGAGCAGAGGACACUUGCGCAUUCAGUACGAGUCUCCAACUGCCAGCUUCGACACGUCCCUGGAGGACGACGCAGGUCGGUACAUUCCAGAGGCGAGUGGACCGCCCCCCUGCAGUCCUGCUGAGGCGCCGGACCCCAGCCCGGGUCAGGACGGUCCGUCACUGUCCUGUCUGCUAGCUAGCUGCUCAUUCUACGACCACAUGCUGCAUGUGUGGCGCUGGGACUGGACUCCAGAAACGUCCCGACAGGAGCCCCACCAACAGUGACUGAGCUGCAGCCAUGCAUCCCAUAAACACCCCGAACUGAGCAGAAGAUGCAACGAGCAUGUAAACCACUCUCCUACAAAACACGAGGUUCACUUAGCAGAAACGUCUAUUUUGAUUAUGACACUGUUUUUAUAAUAAACACCUCCCAUGUCUGUGGUGAACAUGUCUGCAGCAGUGAGACAGCCUUACGGCAGAGGGUCUGUGAUGCUUGGUGUUUUAGAAACAUCUGGUGACCUCUGGCAGAAAACUGACCCAAACCAACACAGAAGUGGUUCAUCAGGCGCAAACUUAACCCUCUUCUGUAUCUAUUGUAGUCACAUAAUAUAAACCAGAAGUCUCCAAACUUUGUCAUGUGAGCCAAAAUCAUGAAGUCCAAAGGACUCGUGGGCCAAGAAAAUAAUAAAAAAUGUAUAAAAUUUUGGUUUUUUUGCUUAAACUUAAUGUGCAAAAUGUUAACUAAAUAAAGUAGUUGAUUUAUAA